UUCCAGAUAAGAAAAUGAUGAUGUAGCUUCGAAAACACAAAAAAAAAUAUAUUAUCAAGAAAAAAAAUACAAGUUUAGAAUGCAGAGGGUACCAGGUGCUUACUCUGUAUUGAUAUAUUUUCUAUCCCUGCUCAGUACAGUAGCAGCUCAAGAUGUAGCAACUAACUCCAUCUCUGUAGAAUUAGAAAGCGUAUCUAAUCUAACAAACUUGAGUCAGCAUGAAGCCGAAGGAUCAGAUGAUCAGGAUGUAAUAUCAAGUACAACUCUUGGUAUGCUCACAGAAUUUCCAGACAAACUAGAUUUUAGCUUUGGUGACCUGAUAGAAACUGUUGAAACAUCAGGCUCUGAUGAUCUUGCUGAGGGCUCAGGAGAGUCUACAAAAUUACAGGAACAAGAACAAAAUGGCUCUACAACUGAUCUAGAACCAGAGUUAGAGCUAGAAGUUGAUGAUGGAUCUGGAGUCACAGCCUCAAUGAUAUUUUCUUCCCCAGCUUCCAGUGAAGGAAGUGCUUUUGAAGGCUCAGCCAAUGCAGUACUUGAAGGACUAAUUGAUGAUGUAUUAGAAGGAUCUACAGGGCCUGGGCUAGAGGGAUCUACAGAACAAGUCACAGAGGACUCAGAGCCUUUCAUGUCUAAUAGCCCAAUUAUAGAAGUGGUCACACUUGACCCCAUGACCUCUGAUCAACCUGAAGUAUUUACAGAAACAUCUCCAGUUGAAGAAGGCAAUUCUGAUCCUUUGUCUGAAGGGUUUACUCUCUAUGAACCAGUUGCCUCUCCUGAACCUGAUUCGGAACUAGAAAACUCCCCUCUACCGGAACCACAAAGCUCAGUAGAACCUGUAUUUGAAAAUACAAACAGUUCACUAGAUUUAAAGGAAGCAAGAUCCCUUGAAGUUUCAUCAGAGGAAAAUCUGCCUUUAAAUAUCCCCUUGCCCAUAGUUUUCACAACUACUCUCAUUCCGGAUUUGACAUUUGAAGGCUUAGAGGGCAGCACAGAGGCAGACCACUCAGGAAAUGAUCACAUGGAUGGAAUAGAAAGCAACUCCGGAAAACAAGAACCGGUUUCAGAUAGUGUACAAUUAGCCUCUACUUCGGAUGGAGGAUUGGAUCUGCAGACACAGAUAUUCGUAAUAUCUGGAGUUUAUGGAGGAAUCCUUCUCCUUCUCAUUCUUCUCCUUCUUGGACUGGCCCUCUCCUUAGUCAAGUUAAAGAAUCAUAUAGCCGGAGAUAUGAGAUAUGUUCCAACAGAUCUUACAAAUCCUUCCCACCAGAUAUUUGCGUACGAGAAUGGAGCCUUUAAUGGCGUUGCUGACACAGAAAGAAAUAACGCAGGAAUGCGUGAGAGGGAGAUGGAUGAAAAUGAUGAAGAUCUAGAGAGACUUGGAUAUACAGUGUACUCUGGGUCUAAUAAGAACAGAGAAGAAGCGUAUAAAGUGAGGGACGAAGUGACGGAAACCAAUGAUUCCAUACCUUUGGAACAAUUGAGGUAGAGUAGCAGAGUAGUACAGUAGUAGGAUAGU